UGGCGAAAAAUCAAGUCAACAAGCCAAUUGCUAAUUAGCACAGGCUUACCUCGACCGGGUCCGCUGCUCUGUGAUUCUUGAAGGCACAAGAAGUCACAACAAAGGGCACGUAAGGUUAUAGUACUUGGUCAGUUUAUGUGUGCGUGAGUGCAUAUUAAAUGUGUCUGUUUAUUCAUACCACAAUUUGCAGCAUCCUAAGAUAAUGAAGAUUGAUACUGCAAGUAAAUAGUAUGUUCCAAGCCAGAGUCUACCUAAAUGACAUUUGUUGUAGUAUUGCCCCACUUUGUUGACCAGUUUUCGUGUUGUAGAGCUUUUCACGGCUUAGACAGUUAGGAGCUUGCAUGGCAAACUUCAACCUUGUUUGCAUGGCGAUCUUCAACCUUGUCUCUAAUUGAUGUGUGGAACUGGCUGAUGAUCUAUGUCAAAAUAGAUACUGGAGAUAGUGAAUUCCAGCUGUAUGAUGACUUAGUGCUUUUCAUUAUACUCAUCAUCGAUGUACAAAAAAAUAUGCUGCCGGAACAAGUUUGCUGUGAACAAAGCUAGUGCUGUUACUGAUGUACGAAAAAGUCGAGUGCAAGUAAAGAACAAGGGAGUGCAGACAGAAAUUGGGUCACUUGACCAUGAAAUGUGUACAUCAGAGGAACCACCAUUGGAAUACUGGAAGGUUUUGGCUGAACAAAGACGACAGGCUCUUGCUGAAACAUUGCAGGAAAAUGAGGAGUUGCACUCAGAGAACGAGACCCUAAGAAAGAAAAUUGCAGAGUUAGAGAGAAGACUGGAGAACAAGGAUUACUUUGCCAUGAUGUAUCAGAUUGCUUGCAAUGACAGUACACAGGACCAGUAAUAUCAACUGUGGUCUUCAUUCCAGCAUUAUUGCAUUUUUGUUUCCUUGCCAUUUUAUCACUCUUCACAAUAUUGAGGAAUAGUGCUGAAUGAGACAAUAAUAGUACGUAGAUAUAAGCUUAACCUUUGGACGCCAUGGGUAUUCCUUUAAUAAGCAGAAAUCAUGUACAAAGAUAGCCCUAUAAAUAUAAGACAUAUGGAGGCUCUGGACACAAUUAUUUGUCCGUGGCUGGUUAAGUGUAAUGUGAAAAUUCCCUAGUGACAUUUUAGGCAUAACUUCACUGUACAAGCCCUA